AUGCCAGGUCGAAGCAUAGUGUCUACAACCAGAACAACUGCACUUCCAUCUUUUUUUUCAAGGAGCCGGACUCCCUCUGGAAGGAAGGAUGCGACAAUCAAUUUCUCUGCUCAGACAAACUCCCGCCAUUCGUCCAACAACAAGUCCAGCAUGAACUACGGAUCACACUCACUCCUCAAGUCCCUUCAAAACAUCAACAUUGCAUUGAAAGAAGCAUCCCUGGGUAGCUCUGUUUCCAAAGCAACGGUCUAUCGAUAUUCUUCUUUUUAUUCGUUCAACGAAGACCAGGCGCUAAAAGCCAUCUGCCAAGCUUACCAUCAACGUUACCUUCACCUUACAAUGACAGGCGAUCUGUUGGCUCAAUUCCAAACCAGAACACUAUUUCCGCUUACAGGUCUCAAGACUAGAGACCUCAAGUGCAAUGUCUUGUAUAUGCGGCCAUGUCGCUUCGUACCAGAAGAGAUGAAGACCUCGAAUGUAAUUGACAAUCUGUGCUAUGUUCUCAAUGACUUAUCCCAAACCAAGGAAGAAUGUCUCAAUGGAGUCGCUUUCAUUGCCAAUCUGGAAGACUGGACUAUGAAGAACUACUCUCAUGAUUAUUGCAUUCAAUUUAUGGAAGCCUUGCAAGGGAAGAUGGUCCCAACCAAGGUGGAACUGUUUCUCAUUGUCAAUCCUCCACGAUGGUUCGGCCGUAUCUGGAAGGUUAUGAAACCCAUGCUCUCAAAGUCCUUCUCCAAGAAGGUACACAUUAUCAAGGAGCAGCGGUUGGGUGACUUUUUCAUGGAGGGAUACGAACAAUAUCUGCCAAUGGAGUUCGAAUCUUGUGGGUGGAGACAGACUGAAGAAAUUGUUGAGGACUACAUUGACAUGAAGCAAUACGAAAAUGAACAAAAGUUGACGAAGAGGAGCAAGUUUUCGAGCGACUGCAUCAUUUGA